UGCAUGAGCGUGAACACCACACGGUGUUGUCUGCAGGGCUUAGCACUAUCAACAGCAGAACAAAUGUCUCUUUGGAACGAUUUUGUUUUGAUCUUUUUCUCUAAUCCCACCACUUUGUUGGGGUUGGUGGCUCUCCUGCUCAUUCUCUAUCUUGUUUCCAGUAGUUUAAUCACCAAGGAAAUAGGGAAGGGGCCCCCAGGACCAAGGCCUCUUCCCCUGCUUGGUAACCUUUUGCAGCUCGAUCUCAAGAGACCCUACAAAACCCUCUGUGAGCUUUCAAAGAAAUAUGGUUCUGUGUUUACGGUGUACCUUGGAACCAAUAAAGUGGUUGUGCUGGCUGGAUACAAGUCAGUAAAAGAGGCUCUGGUCAGCAAUGCAGAAGAGUUCGGAGAACGAGGAAUCUCCCCUAUUUUUUAUGACAUGAAUCAAGGUCACGGAAUUCUGUUUGCAAAUGGAGAAUCAUGGAAAGAGCUGAGACGUUUUGCCCUCACCACCCUCAGAGACUUUGGGAUGGGCAAAAGAAUUGCUGAGCAAAAAAUCUUAGAGGAAUGCCACCAUCUGACCCAAAUGUUUGAAGAUCACAAAGGGAAACCAUUUGAUACAGCGCACCCGUUGAAUUAUGCAACAUCCAAUAUCAUCUCCUCUAUCGUGUAUGGGAGCAGAUUUGAAUACAGUGACCCCAGAUUCACAGAGAUGGUUAAAAGAGCAAACCAGUCCAUAUGCGUUGUUGGAUCUGCGCAAAUCCAGCUCUACAACAUGUUUCCCAGGCUGGUCAGUUGGAUAAAGAACCGUCAGCUGAUUUUAAGAAAUGUUGAGAUGACCGUAAGAGAUGUCAAGGCUUUAGUCAAGAAUCUGAAAGACACACUGAACCCUAGCAUCUGCAGGGGGCUUGUGGACUGUUUUCUGAUCCGGAAGCAGAAGGAAGAAGACUCUUGUGUGAAGGACACUCACUACAAUGAGAAGAAUUUGAUAUUUACAGUAACCAACCUGUUUUCAGCUGGUACCGAUACCACAGCAACUACACUGAGAUGGGGUUUGCUGCUUAUGGCUAAAUAUCCGCUUAUACAAGACCAGGUCCAGGAGGAGCUGAGCAGCGUGAUAGGAAGCCGUCAGGCAGGGGUCGAUGACCGGAAGAACCUGCCGUACACUGAUGCUGUCAUUCAUGAGAUACAGAGACUGGCCAACAUUGUCCCUAUGGCCAUUCCUCACAAAACCAGCCAAGACGUCACCUUCCAGGGAUACUUCAUCAAAGAGGGAACCACUGUGCUUCCUCUUCUUACUUCUGUCCUGCAGGAUGAGAGUGAAUGGGAAACCCCAUACACUUUCAACCCCUCCCACUUCCUGGAUAAGGAGGGUAAAUUUAUCAGGAGAGACGCUUUCAUGCCAUUUUCUGCAGGUCGCAGGGUGUGUCUGGGGGAAAGUCUGGCUAAGAUGGAGCUGUUCCUCUUCUUCACCUUCCUCCUCCAGCGCUUUCGUUUUAGUGCUCCACCCGGAGUUACAGAGGAUGAACUGGAUCUCACUCCAGCUGUGGGCUUCACCCUCAGCCCGUCACCUCAUGAGCUGUGUGCCGUUAGACGCCAAUGAGUAAUAGAGGUGGCAUUAGAACUGCAUGUGAAAAUGAAUUCUGUUUAAACUCUUAUUGAGAAGUUAGCAUGUGUUCCAUCCUCAAUAAUACCACCUGGAGACAGACAGUAUAUUUCAGUCACUAUAGACAUCAAGUUAUCUGAAAUUGUAUUUGGUAAAAAAUGUAUGUUUUAAAACGAUUUUUUUAUUUGUGUGGAAAUUUAGCUGUGUAUACACUUUUCUUUUUUAAUGAGAUUGGCAACAUUUACAUCUUUAUUCCUGCCACUAAUGGAAAUGUUAGAAAUAAUGUUACAUUACUAUAACAUUUUUAGACCCGCCUCUCCAUACAGUAUAGUUAAUAACUCAUGUUCAAGUCAAUUAAAAUGCAUUUAUUUACUAAUC